AUGUCCGAGUCCAACAUCUUGAAGGACAUAUUUCAUCAUGUUACUUUGCCCCCGAAGCUUCCCGGACAUGACGACAAAGAGCCACAAAAAGUCGGAUCCGGGCUUGUUGAUCGUCUGCGUGAGGCUCUAAGAGUCCUUCACCACACCGCUGAAGAUAACACAAAGUCGGUCUUUCAGAGUCUGGAUGAGAUCCUCAAAGAGUGUCGCGAGCUCAACGACGGCAGAGUCCACAGGUCAGUCCUGCUGCGCGCUUUCAAGAGGCUGAGCUCCGAUCAUGCUAUCAUCGUGCACGUCGCCGAACACAAUGCCGCCCUCCUCUUCUAUCAAAACAAGGACGGUGAUUCCAUAACUGUCGAAGCUUUUGAAGCCUCGCCAAGUGCUGAGCCCACGCUCGCGGCGAGAGGUGCACUCCAGUGGGACUUCCCGGGGGCAGCCAUAUCGCUGGACAAGAGAGAGUUUAACAAGCCGAGAUUCCAAGAUAACCUCGCCGGUUUCCUCAUGAGAGCGAGCACAGAGCCAGUCGCUGAAUUCAUGCCUAAGUCCAGGAAGGCCGGCGUUGAAGUGACUGAGGUGCGAGACACCCCUGACCCGGACCUGAUCACUGAUUUUCUAAUUACCCUCCUUGGCGUGAAUGGGUGUCGGGUCAAAACACCUCUUUUGCGCAAGCGUAUUAAGGACGAUGUCUGCUGGAACCAUGCGGAGCGACCGUGGCGUCGCAGUUCAUUUUGGCUAGUCCUUCGUGUUUGCAUCCAACGCCUGCUGUACUUGCGUAUGGGCAGUGAAAUGGGCCACUUGUAUUACAAGUCCCUACUCUGCGUACUUCUAGUCCAUCUACUGAGAGAUCUUUUCGAAACGCGAGCUCUGGCCCCAGAGCACUGGUGCUGGCUGAGAGCCAAACUCUGCCGCCGACUGACCAAGCUGGAUAUCUUGAAGGACAGCCUAUCUGCCGAAGCACAGACUGUCCAUGCCACCCUCUCACACCAUUUGAACCCUCUCUAUCGACAGAGUCUGAGAAUUGCAGAUAAUCACAUUCGACAAGAAUGGGCUGCAUUCAAGACGCAAUUCCAGCGCAUGAUACCAUCGUUACCACGCAGAGCCCAGACAGGAGACAUGAUUCUUAGUCUACCAAACAGUAUAUCAUACCUUCGCAAGGUUCUGCAGCAGCCUCAAAACAAUGCCCCAUGGUUUCAGCGCACUAGUGCAGUCGAUUCAACAAACGACACAGGCGGAACGGCAGAAAAAUUUACCACAAUGUUUCAGCGGUACUCCUCUCUCGCCGAAUUGGAAGCGACCAUCGAACGUGACAUGCGGGAUACAUCUACCGCUGAGCCUGACCACGACAUCGACGUUUGCAUUGAAACUUCCCGAAAAAUUGUAGACUAUCUCCAAAGAAUCGGGGACGCCUAUGAUGAAGACCAAGUGACAUUCAGCAUCUUCAUCUUGAACCUGUUAGAAUUGUGGGUAUGCAUGGACAAAUGCGCAACCGUCGCCUUUCCCUUACUUCUCGAGUAUCAUCCGGUCUUCAUUCCAGAGUCGCUAGAUGUGCUGCUUCUAUCGAGGCGUACCGACCUGAAUCGUCUGAGCACAGUACAACAGCAUCUUCAUGCACGCUGUGCAGGGUUGGAUGGUAAAAGCAUGACAAUUUUUGCAGAUCCAUCUCCGCAAUGCUUUGCUGAUCGAUACGUGCAACUUGGCCUCGACGCGAACCUGGCAGAGCUCGAAGCAAAGAUCGAAGCAGCAUCCUUGACUGCAAGGAUGGAAAAGGCAGCGGAGUUGGAGGAGAUGAAUCAAGAGUACGAGUCCCUGACUACGAAGAAGAUGGAGAGUGAAUGCACCCAGCGAAUGACCCCUGACGGUUCCCAUGAGAUUCGUGGCUGCGGACACUGUUAUUACAUCCGGUGCUUACGACGCCUCAGAAUCAGUGUUCACGAAGAUUAUCUGCCAAAGAGAAUGGCCGAGAAACGUGCCGUCCUGUUCGAGCUGGGCAUACCUCAAGCUUUCGCUGCCUACCGCAGCGCUAGCUGGAGCAUAAUCAUUCGACUUGGCCGUCAAAUGGAGCUGUCAGCUGCCAGAGCCCCCCAGAAGGUACUCGGUAAUUAUCCAAAUUUGUCCCCAUAUAUGAAACUGAUCGCAUAUCGGCGAGGGUACUCUCUGGCGUCUACUACAAAGUCAUACCUGGAAACCCAUUACAAACAGGUCAGGCUGCCGACAACAGAGAAAAGCGUGAUACUUCCGUCGGGUUUAACCUUCAAGUACUACGACGAACGAGGAAUAUGGGCCCGGGACGUAGCCGAAACGCUCACAUUGGCGCAUCACUUUGCCCUUCGCCUCCCCCGGGAAGUUCCACUUGCCCAACUAUACUCGACACCCAGCUUUGCCCCCGAUGGCCUGGGACCCUCAUCGUAUGAGGCUCUUGCCAGAUACCGCGAAUGUCCCUCAGCAGUGACAAUUCACGAAUUUAUGGCGCAUCAGGCCCUAAUGGCUGGGAAGAAGCGGCGAUGGCUCCAAGUUCUGGCCGAACUCGGGUCCUCGAACAUCAAUUUCAGCGCAGAGCAUACCAUGGUUCUGAUGAGGCACCUUGCGUUGCAAGCGGGCCCUGAGCUGCAUGGUGAGCCGCUGAGAGCAGUGCAUGUCGUUUUCAAUGAUCUCAGUUUUUGCAAGAGACUCAUUGAGCAGAUCGAUCAACAUGUAUCCUUGAUCGCUCCCAAUUGGCGCGAGGUCACCUGCAUGGAAACCAUGCUGACCUUUUCAGUGAAGGUAUGCAGCCUGGGGAUCCAUGAGGCGUCUAUGCAGGCCAGUGAGAUGCUGUUGAAAAUCCGAAGCGUGACACACCGGUGGAUUAAUCAUCUGCGCGAAGAAUCUCGGAAUGCCACCGAGGUGGAUGCAGCGGACAAGCUGGCGCGAUACUGUUUUCUCGCUGCCCUGCUCUGUCGCCGAACGUUUAGUGGCAUGAUUGACACAACCUUUGACGAAGAAAGCAUCAAAACCUGGGUCGUAGCGACUCUUUCCAUGCAGGAAAACCUGGUCAUGGAUACUGACAGUUUUGGUACGCUCACGCAAAGCAUGCUAGUCCGUGACAUUAUGUCUUCUGCUCAAUUGCGCGAAGCAAUUCGAACUGCCAUCAAUAUCCAUCCUUUGGGUGUGAAUGCUGCCAUCGAUCAAAUUUGUGGCUGUGUUUCUGGAACCCACGGUACCAACGAGACACGAGAGCAAAAUUACCGCUUUCACUUCCUCGAAGGACAUCUUUCGAUUGAUGGCAGCUCAAUCGGGAAGAUUCCGCCCGACAUUCGCAACUCGGAAACGUUGAAGGCGCUGUUUGGCAACCAGAGACUUGUUGCAUUUCCGUCGGACCGAAACGGAAUGAGCUAUCAGCUUGCGCUCAAAAAGAAUGGUUACCAGGUCCACCUAGGAUUUCGAGAUCAGAAGCUAGUGAUUCAAGCCCACAAAAGAAGCCAAACUCUGGAGCACAUUCCUGGGUCCGUAUUUGGCCCAGAUACAAGACCAGACUUGCCUCACUCGUUGGUUCAUGGAUGCGUGCACUGGCUUGAUCUCAAAACGGGGAUUCUUGAAGCUCGGCGUGUGCCACAUAUCUGGUGGGAGAGGAUGAGUGACUGGAAGAUCGACAUCGAUACGCGCAAAGCUAUCCGACGAAUUUCUCAUCUAGUUGAUCCCCAUUCUCAACUGGCUCGUACUAUCGCAAAAAUAUUUAAUCACUUUGAACAAGCUCCAGAACUGACGGUGGUCCAACAUCCGCGAAACCCACUGUCCAUCGAGCUGAAGAGGAUCAAUCUCAUCUUCUAUGUCAACAGUCAGCGACUCUUACAGUGCAAGCAGUUGUCUGCUGAGAUAGAUCCCAACCAGGACGCUGGAACAUUAUAUGGGCUUCAGAGCAUGCUAGUGCUGCGGAAUGUCCCGAGUCGAUCACAGCGAAGUAUCAUCGUUCCUCUAGGCAGCAUAAAAGCCGAGCGCCGAGGCAUACAUGUAUUGGUCACGAAGGACAGAACAGGCAAUUACGGACGGUAUUUGAUUGACGAAGUCCUCGGCCGACUUCAAUGCCCUGCCGAGCCUCUACUGCUUUACACCAAAGCCCAGCUCCAUGCUUUCACCUCAUUUGUCCUUCCAGAUGAUCUAACGAGGCGAACUGGAACAGAAGAAGCACUGUCUUGCCUCAAGUCGGCUUACUCGCAACCAUGGACGCCGCUCGCUUCCAACAUUGUUGAUAUACUACUCAUAAUAUCCAGGCUUACGCCGAUACGAGAGUACUAUCCGCCCGACAGAAAGUUUCAGCAGGUGGUAAAGUGGAACGAAGGGUGGACGGUGACAAUGCAGCAUGAGGCAUAUGAGCCAAUCAUCGAGUCAAUUAUCACACAGUCUCAGAGGCUUUCUCUUUUUCACCCUUCUACCGAGCUAUGUACUAGAAACCCUGGAAAGAAUGAAGCAUAUUUGCGAGAUAGGGCUCUCUGGCGCCGCUCUAUGUACGAGCGCUCUGAUUAUUGGAACGAGGACAAGAUGCAGGAGGUGCCUGAUGAGGUCUACUGGUCGCGGGUGUAUUAUAGCUCGUCCAAGCGAACCUGCAACUCGCGUGAGAUCAUCUGUCUGCUUCGAAAUCGGCCUUCAGCAGUCAAGACAGAUUGUAGUCUUACCGAUAUCAUACGGGCUUGGUCAAAUGUCGGCGGCUACAACGGCAUAUUCACGCCGACUACUUUGAGCACAGCUCUAUCUAUUGAUCUUCGAACCGAAUGGGGACGUUUGGUUCGCCACUGCGCUACGAGCCAGGCGGAUACUGCACCUUUUUUGAUGUUCACGUUGGGUCUUAUGGCUUAUUCCCCCAAUGCGAAUAUGAAGGUGCUUCGCGUUCUAGCAGCCUUUGCGACUUUGGAACCGCUCAAAGAAUUACCACUACCGACCUAUGGAGCCUUUGAAAAUGUGCGCGAUAAAGACAAGCCCGCUUCCGAUCUGCUACUAGGCCUGGUGCUGCCUGCCUGUAGCGUGCUUCAAACUGUGGCCGACCAACAGAAACGCGGCAAAAAGUCUCGCGCAAUCACGAGAAAAGAGGCCCAAGCCCAACAUGGACUCGCAGUGCAACAGCACAAAGCCCGGUGCAAGACUGAGUGUGAGAGAUUCGUUUCUUUCCUACUUCCGCAGUGGCCUUGUGCGGAGCCCUCGAUAGAUGGAUUCAAAUCCGAGGUUCUGAACGCUGUAAAAGCCCUUGCUGCAGUCCAACCCGAAUGGCUACGACGAUACAAGAACCUGCAGCUUCUGGAACACCUGGACAAGGUACAGGAAGUACUGGAUGCGCACAGCGCUCCCGAAAACGAACUCCUGGACCUCCCAGCGAUGGGUCAGUCAGAGCACUUCGAACCACUACCAAAGCCUUGUUCAGGAGUCGGCGUCGCGCUUGGACGGGACCUACUCCAGACAUCAGGCCCGCUGCUAAGGGACGCCGAAACGAUGAAAACCGCUUCUUUCGCUGAUCAGCCGAGGCGAUCUUCUCAGGCCAUCACCCCAAACGCUAGAUUGACAUACUCGCAGGAAAUUAUCGAACUUGAACGCUUGGUCGAAAAGAUUGUCGACUCAGGCUGCUCCGUCAGAUCUCGUUAUGGGCGAGACUUGCAGCAAAGUAUUCACGCGCUCAAACUAAAGGGCCACGAACCACACAAACCCUAUCAGAAUGGAUUAAGUUAUUGGGAAGGGCUGAAGAAAUACGAUGACGAGAUCAAGAGCGCACAGGCCGUCGUGGAUUCAUGCUACGGGCGGAUCUGCGCAGCUCUCCUAGAAAGCGAUUCGAGGCUUUUUUGGUUACUCAAGGGCAACCUUGGCCCAUGCAUCACCCCGAUCACAAUCCUGCAACAGCUUGGAAGGUCCUUUGCGCGCUUUGGCCCGAGAAUGAAAGAGGCUAUCCUAUCAUAUGGGCUCGAAAUCGUCAAGCUACAGCGACUUUUGCGCAUCAGAGACUUCUUUGCUCGGCGCGACCAAAGCCGACUGGAUCAAGUGAAUUGCCAGAUUUCUCAUGCGGUCUGGGAUUACAUGCGCUAUCCGGCCUGGGUUCUUCUCGAGAUCGACGCGAACGUGCAGAUACGCCAGGAACAGAUGAAUAUGGGACAAGGCAAAACCUCUGUAAUCAUGCCCAUGGUGGCAUGUGCGUUGGCCAAUGGCAAGAUACUCGCCCGCUUGCUGGUGCCGAGCGCGCUUCUCACCCAGACUGCGCAGAUCCUCCAGACACACCUGGGUGGCCUUGUCGGUCGCGAAGUGCUACAUAUCCCGUUCUCCCGACGAACGCAAACUACACCAAGCCUGAUAGCGGAGUUUCGCCGGUUCUAUGAGGAUACACUCCAUCAGUCCGGUGUUAUCCUGGGCGUUCCCGAGCAUGCGCUAUCCUUCAAAUUGAGUGGCCUACAGCGAGUUUCCGAUGCGAAGACCGUCGAGGCCGCAGAAAUGGUGGCCAUCCAAGACUGGAUUGACCGAUACGGCCGGGAUAUCCUCGACGAAUGCGAUUUCACAUUGGCGGUCAAGACACAACUCAUCUAUCCCAGCGGCUCGCAGCUCGUCGUCGAUGGGCAUCCUGAUCGCUGGGAGGUCGUGAUGAAAGUCUUAGGUCUUGUUGCGCAGCACCUGCGUGACUUGGCACGAAUAUUCCCGCGCAGUAUCGAUGUGAUCGACAGAGAAGAAGCCGCGUUUCCUGUUGUUUAUUUGCUGAGAAAUGACGUUGAAGUGGCUCUGUUGGAACGGAUUGUGAACGACGCCUGCAGCGCCCGGCGCUCCAUAUUGCCAAUCCAAGGUUGCAGCGCCGCUGAGGUCGAGAUAAUUCGCAGGUUUCUCUCAGACGAGACGGUUCACGACUCGGUCACCGAGGCACUCGAGCAGAUCUUUGAAGAUAAGCCCCAAGCUAUCAAGAGAAUCUACUUGCUUCGAGGCCUCCUGGUACAUCGGAUCCUGCUGUUAUGUCUGAAGAAGAGGUGGAAUGUGCAAUACGGGCUGCACCCAGGGCGAGAUCCCAUGGCCGUGCCCUUCCAUGCCAAGGGCGUUCCGUCAGAUCAAGCAGAGUGGGGCCAUCCAGAUGUCGCUAUUCUCUUUACGUGUCUUGCAUUUUACCACGAGGGGUUGACACAGAAGCGAUGCAGACAGUGUCUUCAGUCAGUUCUCCGAGCGGAUGAUCCGGCCAUUGAGUACGACCGCUGGACGGAGACAUCGGCCACGAUGCCCGAAUCCUUGAAGCAUUGGAACCUAAUCAACGUGAAUGACCAUGGUCAAACCUCAGAAAUCUGGCAGCAUCUGCGGUUCUCAACGACGGUGAUCAACUAUUAUCUUAGGACUUUUGUCUUCCCCGUCCACGCCAAGCAAUUCGCGAUCAAGCUCCAGACAUCAGGAUGGGACGUUCCGUUCUUCGAUAACUCCAGGACCACAUCUCAAACCGAAAGGAUGGUGCUAGCGGGACUGACGACUGGCUUUAGUGGAACAAAUGAUAAUCGAAGGCUUCUUCCUCUGACGAUCGAACAACAUGAUCUGCCCGAACUGCUGCACACAAACGCCGAGGUCCUGACCUACCUGCUUCAGAAGAGGAACAGGGGAUAUUGGCCUGCGAUACUCCAUGAAAAGCGCAUUUCCGAGACUCAAAUGCUUCAUAGCUUGGCUCGGACCAAGACCCGCAUUCUUAUCGACGCGGGCGCUUUCAUCCUUGAGAUGGACAACUUGACACUAGUGAAGACGUGGUUGAGCCACGACACCGAAGCGCAGGCCGCGGUUUACUUUGAACCUGAUGACAAGCCAUGGGUCUGGUUCCGAGCACACAACAAAAGCCUGCCACUGCUUGCCACCCCGUACGCGGAUGAUAUGACCGACUGUCUGAUUUACCUGGAUGAAGCCCACACUCGGGGCACGGAUCUCAAGCUACCUGCGAAAGCCCAGGGGGCUCUCACAUUAGGACUCAACCAGACCAAAGACCACACGGUGCAAGCCGCCAUGAGACUCCGCCAGCUUGGCACCACCCAGUCCGUGGUGUUCAUCGCACCGCCGGAGGUACAUCAAAACAUUCUCGACGUCUGUCGAAAGCGGCACAAUGACAUGCUCGACUCUUCCGACGUGAUCUACUGGCUGCUACAUCAGACAUGUGCCAGCAACAAAGAUCUCGAACCGCUCUUCAAUGCCCAAGGCACCGACUUCUGUCGCCGCGUCCAAGCCGCCGAAGACUAUCCCAAUUUCAUCACCAACCGAAUCCAGCGCAAGAAUUUCAUGAGAAUCCUACAGCAGCCAGAGCAGCAAACGCUAGAGCAACUGUACAAGCCCCGGCCCCCGGACGUGAGCGAUGCAGACUCCGAAACGUCCUGUUGCAUCGAGUACACCGGCCGAGUAGCCGGGUUCAUGCAGACUCUGAGCCAACGCAAAGCGCAAGCGAGGGACCUGCACACCUCCGCAAUGGCCGGCUCAGCGCUGGAAGAGGUCGAGCAGGAGCGCGAGGUCGCCUACGAGAUCGAAGAAGAGCGCGAGGUGGAGCGUCCUCGGGUGAUGGAGCCAUACGAGUUCCCGGGGUUACACCCUACUCUGUCAUACUUCGCAGAGACGGGUUCCCUCCAGGGCACCGGGAUUCAGCCGGCAGCGAAGAUGAUGUUUGCCACAAAGCUAGGAACCAAGUACAAGGGCCAGGUGGAUCUGAGCAUGCCGCAUCUCUACGUGUCGGAAGAGUUCACCCGGACGGUGCAGCUGAAGGCAGGCGAGAAGAUGGACGAACUGACGCGUCCCGUAAACUGGCUCCUAAGCAACAUGCAAACGGAGCUCGCCAUCGCAAUCACGCCCGAAGAAGCAGAGGAACUAAUCCCGCUCCUCCGCAGCCGCGCCGCGCCCUCAAUGCACCUAAUCACCUACGCCGCGCCCGUAACCAAGCGGAUGCAGCACUUCAGCAACCUGAACUUCUACGCAAUCCCGCCGCUGGCCAAUCCCGACGCCGUGCCGGCCUUCCUGCCCUUCGAGGUCGGCCUCCUCGCUGGACGCCUCUACUUCGGCCGCAACGAUUACGCCGAGAUCCUCGACCGGCUGGCCCUCGAGCUUGGCGAUGCGGCGGCCGCGGCGGCUGCGGCGGCCAACGCGAACCCCGCCGCUGGCCCGACUGCCGCCAUGGAAUUCCUGCAGGAGUGGCUGGCGCUGCGUCGGCAGGGCCAGGAUAUCUCGCAUACGCCUAUGGGCUAUGUGUGCCAGGGCCUGGCGCUGCGGGCGGAUCAUCCGUUCUUCGUGGGGGCGGAGACCUGCGCGGCCAUGGACGGGGUAUUGCCUUCUUCGGGGAGGGGCGAGGGCGCGGGAAUGGAAGAGGAGGAUUUCGAUAGUGACGGGGAUGAGGAGGAUGAGGGUGGUCACUUGGAUGACGCGGAGGAGGAGGAUGAUCACGGGGAUGAUGAGGAUGAGAGCGGUCAGUUGGAUGACGUAGCGGAGGACGACGACGAGGGUGACACUGACGAUGCUGAUGCUGAACAACCUGGGAAUGUGGAUGUGGAAGACAUGGAUGUUGAGACAGAUGGCGAACUCUUCAUGUAG